UCAGGCUAUUUUCAUAUGUGUCGGACGGAGCGCGAGCUGUCUUGUGAUUCGGAUGCUUCGUCACAUGUGGAUGCUCGGCCGGAGGUGGUCCGGCGGAGGCCCCUGAGGUCAGAGAAGCGCAUUUCGGCCUCGAAGGAGAACCUCUCCUGCUCCGGACCGAUUCGAGGACGUCCCUGGAUUAUGUGAUUCACAGCAGGUCUGCAGUCUUGCCUGGCCUCUGGCAGCAGAGAGAGCACGUGUCGCAGGUUCCCUGGAAGGCAGCGUCUGGAAGCUUCUGAGACUAAGACAACGAAAGCUUUGCAGCGCCGUUGACAUGACGAAGUGUGAGCACUACUUAUUCUGCUAGACAGUGACUGUCAUCACUGAGAGUCUCUGGCCCUGGGCAACGUGCUGCUGGUAUUUUAAGAAACAUUCCUGUACUUCCUCUUUUCACUUCGCCAUCACAGCCGGCCACACUCAGAGGCACCUUGCUCUACUCACUGCCCAGCGCCGGGACCGGCCCGUCCGUCCGUCCCAGAGCAUCCCAGAGCACGCGCCGAUGCUCCUGUGGGCAUCUCUGCUGGUCCUGGCUCCAGUCUGUGGACAGCUUGAAGCUGCGUCCAAACCCGUGAUUUCCCUCCAUCCUCCAUGGACCGUCGCCUUCAGAGGAGAGACAGUGACCCUGACUUGCAAUGUAUUUCACUUCCACGCUCCAGAGAAAAUAAAACGGUUCCUUUGGUACCUUGGGAGGAGAAUGCUACUCGAAACCCCAGGCAACACCCUGGAGGUCCGUGACUCCGGACAGUACAGAUGCCAGACCCAGGACUCGCUCCCAAGUGACCAAGUGAACAUGAUCUUUUCUUCAGGCUGGCUCGUGCUCCAGGCUCCACAUGGCGUGUUUGAAGGUGACACACUGGUCCUGAGGUGCCAGACAAGGAGUCGAGAGACACUGACCUCUGUGAAGUACAUUUGGAACGGAAAAGUCAUCUCCGCCUCCAAUCAGAGCCAGGACCUUUCGAUACCACGAGCAAGUUCAAACAACAGUGGCUUCUACCACUGCACUGGGCGUGUGGACAAAAUGCACGCAUGGAAGUCAAAUACCAAGUCUGUUCAAAUUCAAGAACUGUUUCCACACCCGAAGCUGAAAGUCACCCCCUCCCAGCCCACAGAGGGCAGUUCUGUGAACCUGAGCUGCGAAACUCAGCUGCCUCCAGAGCGGCCGGACACUGUGCUUCGUUUCAGCUUCUUCAGGGACCGAAGGGUCGUGCUGUCAGACUGGAGCCGGUCCCCGGAACUGCAGAUCACAGCCAUCUGGAGACAAGACGCGGGGUCAUACACGUGCGGGGCUGCUGCGGCCCAGGGCGUCCACAAGCUCAGCCUCCCGGUGCACGUCUACGUGCAGGGGGUCCCGGUGUCCGGAGUGCUCCUAGAGACCCAGCCCCCGGAGGGCCGGGCACUUGCAGGGGAGCCUCUGGUCCUCAUCUGCUCCGCGGCCGAAGGCACAGGGGACACCACGUUCUCCUGGCACCGGGAGGACACCGGGGAGAGUCUGGGGACGAAACGCCAGCGUUCCCGGAGGGCGCAGCUGGAGAUCCCUGCGGUCGGCGGGAGCCACGCGGGGGGCUACUUCUGCACGGCCGACAACGGCCACGGCCUCAUCUGCAGCGCGGUCCUGAACGUCACUGUCACAGGCACUCCAGGGAACAGAAUGGGCCUCAUUGCUGCGGGAGCCACUGGGGGACUGCUCAGCGUUCUUGUCCUGGCUGCAGGCCUGCUGAUUUACCGCCGGCACCAGAGGAAGUCAGGAGAUGGUUCUCCAGGAAACACAACCAGGAGCCCUCCCGCCACAGGCCCAGGACAGGCCCCCCAUGGCAGGUGCCAGGGACAGAAAGACAGCCCAGUGGAGCUCCAGCAUUUGUACGGCAAUGGGAGUCUCGGAGAGGGACACCUGGUAUAUUCUGAGAUCCAGACUAUUCGACCGGGGCAAGAAGGGGAAGCCAGUGCCUCCAGAGCGUCCCUAGAGGACAAGCAUGCCGCAGUUGUCUACUCCUCGGUGAAGACACAGCUCCAAGGGGACUCUGCCGGAAAGGUCAGGUCUCAGCAUGAAGAUGCCACGGACAGUUACGAGAAUGUCCCACCUGCGUGACUCAUCCCUGCCCCGAAGCCCCAGCUCAGUGUAGCCCUCAGGGUCCCAGGAGUGACCAGCUGGUCCCAACUGCCCACGUGCUUUCACAUCCGCGACUCCUGAUUCACCUUCUCUGAACUGGUGAUGGGGCAGCUGCUGAAAGACUUGCUCAGGUGACCAGGAUCACGGGUAAGAGGAGACCCUGGACCCCUGCUCGGAGCCUAAUGUCAUGUGCUCCCCACGGUCCCAUUUAGGGAAAAGGAAGAAGGGUGGAGAAGCACUCCUGUUGAAAAACAGAAGCACAGGUGUUGGUGAUUUGGGAUUUGCACAAAGGCACGCCUGAGUGACUCAGGUCUCUGCUCAAUGCGUCCCCAACAACUGUCCCACUUGGGGUCAUCUGCAUCGGUUGGCUUAACUAUGCGCAGUGCCCAGGUCCUUCCCACACCAAGCCCAGGGCCACCUCUCCUGCCUGCACUGCUUACAGUCAGGAUUGCGCUGUAGACAAAAGAAUCCACACCACUAGUUUGCAGAGAAAAGAAUUUAAAUAGGGUGUUAAUUAAUUAAUUGGGGUAUUAAGAAGCAGGCUCUAGGCUGAGCUUCCAAAAGCAAAAGGUAAUUACGUUAAUGUUAUUUAAGACAAAGAUUUUCCACACUAGAGAAAAAAAUACAAAAACAAAAUUAAUAACCCUACAAACCCUAAUUGGAAAUAUCCGCAGAAGUUGAUAUCAAGCUCUUUUUUAAAGAGAUAUUUAUUUCCUAGGUCUGUCCACUGAAAAGGCCUAGAAAUAAUUAGCAACCCAACAGCAGUGAGCAUCCCUCCCACAGGCUGUGCUUUCCAAACACAAUUUCCCACCCAAGGGUACUGGGCUGUCUUUCCUGCAGGAGGCGUGUCUUUAGUUACCGAAUAGUUGAUAUGAGAAUAAGUAAUUCUUCCAAUAAAUGAAGAAGGAAUGAAAGGCACAGGAAACCACUCUUUUGAUGGCAAAUUUCAUGGAACACCCACUGAUUAGGUUAGCAUCAAAAACCAGACAGCCUAACACUCUGUGCCUCCUGAUGGAAGUAUUCAAUGUCACCUACAAAGUACUCAUGCCCAAGAUAUCAAAAUUGAAUCCAAUCAAGUUUUUAGACCCAACAACCAGCUGACAGGAAAUACGAGGGGCUACAGCAAUCAAUAAAAUCCAUGCCGUGGAAAAAUCUA